GUCUGGAUCCCCUGCAUCAGCUGGGACAGUAACCUGCUGCCAUGGGGGUUAAAGCGAUGCUUCCCAACUACGAACUGGGCUUUUAUGCUCUCACCGUGACAUGUGCUGUGUUGUACAGUAGUAGUGAGAUCUUCCAAGCAUCCAGAGACAGCAUGAACAGAAGGGCCUUUCGGGAUGGCAUAAAGCCGGGCUGGCACUACUUCGGCAGGAAGAUGGAUGUGGCUGAUUUCGAGUGGGUGAUGUGGUUCACCUCAUUCAGGAAUGUCAUCAUCUUCGCCCUCUCAGGACAUGUCCUCUUUGGCAAGAUCUGCUCCAUGACACUGCCACAGCACCGGGCUGUGGUGUACAUGCUGUACGGGUUCUUGGCUGUGCUGAGCAGCAUGGGGCCCGUCUACCUGAUGAUCAUCCUCUCCCACUGCCUUGUCCUGUACUCCGUUGCACUGGCCAAGCAGAAGUGGCUCUGCUACGUGGCUGGGCUCUGCUGUCUUGCCUCCUUCAAGAUGGAGCCAUUUAGCUCGUGGCAGAGCGGGUUUGUAACGGGAGCUUUUGAUCUUCAAGAUGUCCUUUUCUAUGGAGGAAGUGGGUUCACCAUCAUGCGCUGCAUGAGCUUUGCACUUGAGAGCGUUGAGAAGAAAGAGGGCAUCUACUCCAUAUUUGACCUCCUCAAGUACAACUUCUACCUCCCAUUCUUCUUCUUUGGGCCUGUCAUGACGUUUGACCAGUUCCUUGCCCAGGUGAGCAACCGAGAACUAAGACGCAAGGAAGAUGAGAUGAAGAACAUCCGUGUCCAUGCCCUCAUCCACGCUGGGGCCAUCAUUGCUGUGGACAUCUUCUUCCACUUCUUCUACAUCCUCACUCUCCCUUCUGACUUGAAGUUCAUAAACCGCCUCUCGGACUGGUCCUUGGCUGGCCUGGCCUACUCCAAUUUGGUGUAUGACUGGGUGAAAGCUGCCGUCAUGUUUGGGGUGACCAACACCAUCGCCAGACUGGACCAUUUGGACCCACCCCAGCCUCCAAAAUGCAUCACCAUGCUCUAUGUCUUUGCAGAAACGCAUUUUGACAGAGGGAUUAAUGACUGGCUAUGCAAGUACGUGUAUGAUCACAUUGGAGAGAACCAUGACAACAUCAUUAAGGAGCUUGUGGCCUCCGUUGCCACCUUCGCAGUCACCACUCUGUGGCUAGGACCAUGUGAGAUCAUUUACAUCUGGUCUGUCUUCAACUGCUUUGGCCUCAACUUUGAGCUUUGGGUGCAGAAGUUCUUCCAGCAGGCGCCCUUUGCCAAACUGGAGGCCAAAAUGUCAGAGGCCAUGUCUCGGCGGAUUAGGGCAGUUUUUGGGGCUGUGAAUUUCUGGGCCAUCAUCCUCUUCAACAUCCUAGCCCUCAACAGCCUGGAGUUUGCGCUGCUGGUGACCAAGAGACUUCUCCAGACAGGUUUCCCUGUCAGCACCUUGUCCAUCUGGUUCAUCACAUAUUGUGGAGUGCAGCUGAUCAAAGAGCAUGAGCGCAUCCUGGCCAUCAAGGAGGAGACAAGUGACAAAGCAAAGGCGGAGUAGAGGGAAGCAUCAGCAGGCUUGUCCCAGAGCCUCGUCCCUCUUCCAGCCACCACUGCCAGGCCACCCACUGGCUGGGGCUCUCCAAACACUCCUGACAAUCGAACUGCUGUAUCUUACCCAUGUAGAAGUCACCUGGAAAGCACAGGUCACCCCCUUGCUUCAGGAAAGGUUUUCUAUGAGACACAGUGGGCGUU